GCCAACCUAGCUUACACUUCAGUAGUAGCAGAGCAAUGGCUGGCGGCGCGACGCCGGAGGAGGAACACGUGCGGCAGAGCUUCCUGGCGCGGCUGGAGCCGCCGUCUCCGUCGCUGUUCCUCGACCUGCCGCCGACGCCCCGCUCCUCGUCGUCGUUCGACGACAUGGCGCUCCCUUACAUCUCGCGGCUGCUCAUGGAGGAGGAGGACAUGGCGGACCACUUCUUCUACCUCUACCCGCAGCACCCGGCUCUCCUCCGUGCGCAGCUCCCCUUCGCCCAGAUCCUCGUCAACAACUCCAGCGCCGGCUCCGGCUCCGGCUCAGUGCCCUCGCCGUCCUCCUCUGACUCCAGCAGCGCCUCGCCGCACGACGCAGUCCAGAUCGCCGGGCCGCCGCCCUGCGCCCCCGACGGAUUGUUGCCCGGCGGCGACCAGGACAUGCUCAACCUGGCCUUCCUCAAAGGCAUGGAGGAGGCCAGGAAGUUCUUGCCGCGCAACACCGGCCUCCCGCCGGUGGUCGCCGCUUCGGCGGAGGAUGGAUUGCUCAAGACGAAGAGGGCUAAUUCGGAGCCGGAGGAGGUGGGCAGGGCCAGCAAAUUGAUGGCGCCGGAGCUGGAGGAGGAAGAAGACGGUGCCCGCGAGCUGCUCGACGAAAUGAUGUUGGGCGAAAACGAGAUAUGCAUGAAGGGGGUGCCGAACCUGCAGGUAGCCGAGCCCGUGAAGAAGACCCGUAAGGGGACUGGGCAGAGGGGGCGGCCGAGGAAGGCUGCGGUUGACGGCGAGAUGGUGGACCUGCACACUCUGCUCCUGCAGUGCGCGCAGGCGGUGUCCACGGACAACCAGCGGGGUGCCAGUGAGCUGCUGAAGAAGAUCAAGCAGAACUCGUCCCCGACAGGGGACGCGGCGCAGAGGCUGGCGCAUUAUUUCUCCGUGGGCCUGGAGGCGCGGCUGGCGGGAAGGGGCAGCAGGCUGUAUGAGUCGCUCAUGGCGAGGCGCACCUCCGUUGUGGACGUCCUCAAGGCCGACCAGCUUUACAUGGCGGCCUGCUGCUGCAAGAAGGUGGCAUUCGUUUUCGCCAACAAGACCAUCUGCAAUGCUGUGGCAGGGAAGAGCCGGUUGCACAUUGUUGACUAUGGUAUCAAUCUAGGAUUGCAGUGGCCGGGUUUGCUGCGCAUGCUGGCAGCUAGGGAAGGCGGGCCACCGGAGGUCAGGAUCACCGGCAUUGACCUCCCACAGCCUGGGUUCCGCGGGGCCUCCCACGUUGAGGAUACGGGGCGCAGGCUGAGCAACUUCGCCCGCGUGUUCAGUGUGCCAUUUAAGUUCUGUGCCAUCGCAGCGAAGCGGGAGACUGUCCGUCCUGAGGACCUGAAUAUCGACCCGGAUGAGGUGCUGGUGGUGAUCAGUCUCUGCCAUUUCAGGCUCUUGAUGGACGAAAACCUCGGAUUUGAUAGCCCUAGCCCCAGGGAUCAGGUCCUCAACAACAUUAGGAAGAUGCGGCCGAAUGUGUUUAUCCAUGGCAUUUUGAAUGGCUCGUAUGGCGCUACCUACUUCCUGACACGGUUCCGGGAGGCACUUUUCCAUUACUCGGCACAAUUCGAUCUGUUGGAUGCGACUGUUCCCCGAGACAACUCCGGGCGGCUGCUGCUCGAGCGCGACAUCUUUGGGCGGUCUGCCCUGAAUGUCAUCGCAUGCGAGGGUGCAGACAGGGUGGAGCGUCCUGAGACAUACAAGCAGUGGCAGCUGCGGAACCACCGGGCAGGUCUGAGUCAGCUGCCAUUGAAUCCUGAGGUUGUUAAGCUUGUGCUGGACAAGGUCAGGGGCAACUACCACAAGGACUUCGUUGUCGAUGAGGAUCAGCGCUGGUUGGUGCACAGGUGGAAGGGGCGUGUGCUCUAUGCUCUGUCGGCAUGGGUUGCAGACGAUGCCACCUAGCUUCUUUUCUCAGUCUAAUUUUCAUUAUAGACAUGGAUAUACCUAUCCAUGUCUAUAUGUUAGCAUUGAGCUCAACACCUGUGGUCCAGUAACAACUAACUAGUACCCAUGGUUCAGUGAACUUCCUAUUGCGCCAUGAUCUAGACAAUUACUUCUACUACGACCCAGAGUUUGAUGUCAAGUAUUUAGUCAUUUGAUUUUUCUCAUCAUGGCUAGGCCUAGGUGUAAAACUUUUUACUUAGGAUUCUUCAGAGAUGCAGUAAUUUCUAGGCAUAUCCCUAGAUUGGAUGCUUUGGCCAUCAUGUUGCUGCAGAAGUUGUAACAAUGUACGACAAGACCUGUAGAGUUAUCAAUUUAUGUAAUCACAUUGUUUGGCACUUCCUUUUUGGCCCCCAUCUUGUAUUGGUUAGUCAGAGUUGAUGUGCACAUUUUUCUUUCUUAGUAUGAACAAUUAAAGUUGUGAUUAGCUCGAUCAUACAUACUAUGAAGUUUUCAUUGACGACGGUUUCUGAGAAA